AUGCCUCCCAACGGCUCCUCUGAGAGCCUCUACUCGGCUCGGAUAGAGGCCCUGUCUCGUCCGGUGCACCGACCUUUGACCUAUCUCAAGCGAGCCGGCAUUGCCGCGUCUUACCCUCUCCGAGGCAUCUGGUUCUUUUGUCGCAACCAGGAGUUCUGGCCGCUUCUUGUCGGCAGAAUCUUUCCAUUGUCGAUAAUUUCGUUCUUGGUUUACCUCCUUCUCUUCACAUUUACCUUUUUGCCCCAGUAUGCCUUCUUGGCCAUCUUCCAUGGCUGGGGAGCAUGGAUCAACGCUGUGGUACUGGUUCUGGGCGAGGGUUUGAUCAUCAUUCAGGGUCUAUUCGAGGGUUUCUUUGUGGACGAAUGCCGAGUUGAUGUAUUUGAUGCGACCCUCAUCAAGUUGUCGUACAAGGAUCUUGUCGCACCCCAGCGAAUCCUCUUCGUGGAUGCGCCCACCGCAGUCAGAAUGCUCGGAAAGCCCACAAGUCCCGCCAUCUACACGCCAUGGAGCAUCAUCCAGAUCGUCGAGCUCAUCGUCUUCCUGCCUCUCAACCUCGUCCCCUUUGUCGGCACUCCUGCCUUUAUCAUCAUCACAGGCACAAGACUGGGCAAGCUCGCCCACUACCGCUGGUUCCAGAUCAAGGGCUACUCCAAGGUUGAGCAGAAGAAGGCGCUGAGGGACCGCGCCUGGGAGUAUAUCUGGUUCGGCACCGUGGCCAUGAUCCUCGAGCUGAUCCCCGUCCUGUCGCUCUUCUUUCUCCUGACGACUACGUCUGGAGCUGCCAUGUGGGCUGCACGAAUCGAGGAUGAGGACAGGAGACCUGCUGAUAAUGGCCCCGUGAGGCGCGAGGAUACUGAUUCAUCUGCGCCGCCUGCCUACACGGACGAUCUUGUAUAA